UGCCCGGACAGGAGUUUACUGAAACUCAAAGCCCGGGCCAAAAGCCCGCAUGACGACGUAGAAGCCUACAAAGAUUUAUUCGUCAGGACGAGAUCAGAUGGUGACAUCAUCCAUCAUCACCUGACGCGGGCGCGUGAUGCCCCCGCCCGCAAACCGGCGCUUCGGGCUUCCUCCUCUGGCCGAUCGUUCCCGGGAAAUGAGACAACAUAUAAGAAGCCGAGCUCGCCUCCGUUUUGGGGGUAUUCCUCUCCCCACAUGUUCUCUCGACUGAGCUUUGUUUGCGCACUGGCGGCAGCGGCAGCAGUGGGGGCGAGCCAGCCGGCCGUGACGAUUCAGAACGGGACUGUGCGCGGUGUGACUCUCCCAGAGUUGAACCAGAAUCUCUUCCUGGGCAUCCCGUAUGCGCAGCCGCCCGUGGGCGAGCUGAGGUUGCGGCCUCCGCGGUCCAUCAACGCUUCGUUUGGGACGCUGGAUGCGACGGCGUACGGCCCCCAUUGCUGGUCGGCGUUCACGACUGGAUUCGACGACAACAGCGGGUUUCAGAACUCGGAGGAUUGCCUCACGCUCAAUGUCAUCCAGCCUACGAAUGUCACACAGAAGGGGCCCUUUCCGGUGGAUGUGUGGAUCCACGGCGGUGGUCUGUUCACGGGAGGCAGUGCGGAUUUCCGAUACAACGGCUCGUACUUGGUUCAAGCCUCCAUCGCCAACGGCGCGCCUAUCGUCUUUGUCAGCAUCAACUAUCGACUCGCAUCGUUCGGAUUCCUAGCGGGAAAGCAGCUCGCAGACGAGGGAUCGCUGAACCUGGGCGUACGUGACCAGCGACUGGCGCUCCACUGGGUGCAGGAGAACAUUGCGAAAUUCAACGGGAACCCGAAGAAGGUCACCAUCCACGGGCAGAGUGCGGGCUCCAACAGCGUGCACACCCAGAUCGUCGCCUACGGUGGCCGCGACGACAAGCUCUUCACCCAAGCGAUCCCCCAAUCGGGCUCCGGCUCGCGGUUCCCGCAGCCGACCGACGCAGGUCUGCAGGCGACGUUCACCGCGCUGCUCGGCAACACGACGUGCGCGUCGACUCUGACCGGCACCGCCGCCGCGCAGCUCGCGUGCGUGCGGGGCCUCCCGGUGGACGCGUUCCGGAACCACUCGGUCGGGACGACGGGGAUCGUGCGCGACGGGGACUUUAUCCAGACUCCCAGCGUGUACCAGUCGUACAAGACGGGGAAGUGGGUGAAGGUCGCUUUCUUGACGGGAAGCAACACCGACGAGGGCCGCUCGUUCGCGAGACUGGGCGCGAACACGACAGCUGAUGCGUUCAACAACCUCACGGUUGUGCCCGCGCAGUUCCGGUCUCGUCUGCUCGAGCUGUAUCCCGACAAUCCGGAACUCGGCUCCCCCUUCAACACGGGGCCGUUUGAGCUCGACCCCGUGCAGAAUGGCUUUUUCGCGACUCCGGGAACUCAAAAUAAGCGCGUCAGUGCGAUUGUGGGCGACGUUAUGGAAUAUGCUGGACCGCGGUUCGUGGGACAGACGGUCGCGCAUCAGGUUCCGUUCUACAAGUACCGAUUCAACCACAUCCCAUACUCGGUCUCCUUCUCGGUCGAAGAUUUCGUCGGCCACUUUGUCGAGGUUGCGUAUUCGUUCAAUUCCCAAAACAACGACACAGCAUUCUGGGUCCAAAACCACUUCACCGCAACGUACCUCGGCCCGGCGCGCCCGUCGCGGACCGGUUCCUGGGAUUCUACAUGUCGCGCUCGUGGGCGGCAUUCAUCGCCACCGGGGAUCCGAACAACGCGAAAGGUGGUUGCAUCGAAGAUCGCGUGGCCGAAGUACUCGGAGGGCGGCCAGCAGCUUGUGUGGCAGACACAGGGAUCCACGCUUGAAAAGGAUAAUUUCCGCGCCGAGGCUAUGAAUUAUAUCAUAGACAACGUUCUGCUUGGAGAUUAUUGAUGCGGCACGAAGAUGAUAAAUGUACAAUAAAACGUCUGCGAUGACAUUUAAUUUAGGAACAGGACGGUUUGAAGGUCAACCAA